UUUAUUUAAACACAGGCACUGUGUUUACUUCCCUUUCUCCACUAAACCACCCUAUCCAUGUCUGACACUACACACAUAUCCAUCACAGCCAGCCGAACAAACCGCUGCCUGUACUUAUAUGAGCUGAAGUGAUAACAAAAUAUGAAAGAAUGACUCAGUUUUGAACGCUUUGAACGCAUCACCUGGGCUGUACAUCUCCCCGUGGACAAACAACAAAUAAGGCAGAUCGCAUCUGCAGCCCACUUCAUCUGCAAGAGCAACAGUUACACUAUCAUCUCAUCCGGUCGGUCCGAUUCUGUGAGGUGAACUGUGUUGUUAGAGAAGGAAAGGAAGAAGGAAAAUCCCGCUCUGAGCCGAGCAACUCUUAGGAGGGAGCCUGUACUUUUUGCAGUGUGGAGUCUCGGUUUUGUUCCGCGGCUCCAUUUCUAUGAGGCAGAAAAGGGGCGGGGAUGGGAUAUUCAGAUGAGCCGGAGUGACAGCUCCAGUUUCCCCCAAUGCUCUGUGUGUCUGAAACUCCACUGGCUCUCUCCCUGCUAACUCCUCACUUCAUAGUGCUGCGUACUAAAAACAUCGGACGCUAGGGGAUCAAGACGCAUGCCACAUUGCCUCUAUGAGGGCACUUUAACAGAUCUUUCGGGGGUUUUUUUUCUCCCAGUAAGGGGGCUGUGGAGGGAGGACUUCUUUUUUUUUAAUUUUCAUUGUGUGAUGACUGUUUGCACGGCUGAUUAUUUGACUUGAUUGUUUAUUAUUUUGGCUGUUGUUGCCCAGCGCCCCUGCGCGUUUUUUUUCCUCCCUUUUUGGAAUCGGCGACCUAUCCCGCGCUCACCAAUGUCCUAUCCUCAGGGUUACCUCUACCAGCCCCCGGGCUCUCUGGCUCUUUAUUCGUGUCCGGCUUACGGGGCCUCGGCUCUGGCUGCCCCGCGGAAUGAAGACUUGGCGAGGUCGUCAUCUGGCUCAGCCUUCAGUCCUUACCCCGGAUCGGCCGCUUUCUCCGCCUCGGCCGGUGCGGGCUUCUCCAGUCCGCUGUCAUACUCCACGGAUCCGACCACGGGAUUCCCAUCCUACAUGAGCUCUCCAUAUGACGCGCACACGACGGGCAUGGCCGGGGCGCUGAGUUACCACCCAUACGGGAGUCCGGGCUACCCCUACCAGCUCAACGACCCGGCUUACCGCAAGAACGCCACCAGGGACGCCACGGCCACCCUGAAGGCCUGGCUGCAGGAGCACCGGAAGAACCCGUACCCGACGAAAGGGGAGAAGAUCAUGCUGGCCAUCAUCACCAAGAUGACCCUGACGCAGGUCUCCACGUGGUUCGCCAACGCCAGGCGGAGGCUCAAGAAGGAGAACAAGAUGACCUGGGCGCCCAGGAACAAGAGCGAGGACGAGGACGAGGAGGACGGCGACGGCGAGAGGAAGGAGGUGGAGCGCUCGGAGAAAACCCUGGAUAACAGCGAGGCUUCAGCGGAGGAUGAAGGUAUCAGCCUGCACGUCGACACCCUGACGGACCACUCCUGCUCGGCGGAGUCCGACGGGGAGAAGGUCAGCUGUCGGGUGGGCGAGCUGGGCUCCGACCAGGCCGCCGACAAAUGCGACGACGAGGACGACGACGACGACCGCCACCACGACCACCGCCGCCACCACCACCACCACCACCACGACCCGCGGCCUCAGCUCUCGCCCAAACCCGUCACCUCGUCGCCUCUCACGGGAGUGGAAGCCCCGGUCCUCAGCCAUCACCAACAACACCACCACCACCAUCACCACCACCUCCAUCACCUCCACCACCUCCACAGCCAGCGCGAGGAUUUGGCCCGGAGCCUCGUCGUCAGCAGCAGCAGCAGCAGCAGCAGCAGCAGCAGCAGCAGCAACAGCAACAAUCUCAGCACCAAUAAAUCGUCCUCAUUCCUUGACAGCAGACCCACUUCCGGGCCGCCUCAGAACCCCACUGUCAAGCCCAAAUUGUGGUCGCUGGCUGAGAUUGCUACCUCGGACCCAAAGCAGCAACAGCAGCAGCAGCAGCAGCAACUGGGGCAGCCCGGGCAGCCGAGCGGCCCCUCCUCCAGCGGUGGCCUCCUUACUCCCCCCACGCCCUCCUCCACCUCCCCGGCUGCCACCUCCCCCUCCCUCUACCCGGCCCCCUCCAUCCUUGGAAGACCUAUUUAUUACACUUCUCCCUUUUAUAGCAAUUACACAAACUAUGGCAACUUCAGCCCCCUGCAGGGCCAAGGGAUCCUGCGCUACACUAAUUCAUCCGGAGUGAGUCUGGCUGCCGCCGCCGCAGCCGCCGCGGCCGCGGCCGCCGCUGCUGCUGCAAGCGAGGGCCUGAGCUCCUCUCACCAGGCCCUGGAGGCGAGCACAAACCCCAAGCACAGGCCUGACUCCCCCCUCGUUAAAAAUAACCCGAGCCAGAUCGCUGUUGUCGAGCAGCAGCAGCAGCAUUUCAGACCCGCAAAUUUAGAAGCGAAGAAAGGUACGUAAUAACCUGACGCGGCGCGGCGUUCACGGAACCACUUGAGCUCGUCUAAUGUGGCGUUGAAUCUUGAAUCUUUUCUUGAACGCGGGGGGGAAAGGGGCACGUCUCCCCGCAGUGGGAUUCAACGACGAGCUCCACUUGUUUCCGAUGCAAAAACCAAUCGGCUUUGUCUGCGUCACGUUCACGUGUCACUGCAGGGAGGAAAGUGAAGACUUUUUUCCUCCAUUGAGUUUUUUGCGUGAGAAACAAGUGGCGUCGUGUGACGCUGCUGGCAGAUUCCCACCUGUUCCGAGACGAAUACGAUUUUAGGACUGAAUGUGAGACUAAAUGACGUAUAUAUAUAAAAAAAAAAAAAAAAACUGGACUUUUUGAGCAAACGAAAGUGUGUCAUGGCCUAUGAUUCGUUUCCAAUAAUCAGUUUAUAAUUGUUUGUUUAAUAUUCAGCACAUUGUUUUUCCUCUGCUUUCCUUUUCUUGCAUCCAAUCACUCAGCAUCAGGAGAGAGGAGUUUCUUUUUUUUAAUUUGCAACAGGCUGGAAGAAUACAUUAAAAAAAAAAAAAAAAAAA